AGGGGGCUGUGGGUGGAGACCUGCUAUUCCCACCACAGCCAGCUGUGAGCCAAGAUCGGGGUGGCUGCCGCCGGACACCACUAUCCCAGGUAUUGGAAGAGGCUAAUACCAGGUUGUGCCAUCCACAAAAAGCUCUGUGAUUGUGCUCCAAAGUCCACCUCCAGGCCUCCCUGCAGAACUCACGGCACAUCCCAGGAAUGGUCAUAGCAGAAGUACCAAGCUCCAGGUCCAGAAAUGCCCUUGGUGUGUUUGACAGACUUUCAGGCGCAUGCACGGGAACACCUAUCUAAGUCAACCUGGGAUUUUAUCGAAGGAGGAGCUGAUGACUGCUGCACGCGGGAUGACAACAUGGCAGCGUUUAAAAAAAUCCGCCUCCGUCCUCGGUACCUGAAAGAUGUAUCUAAGGUGGACAUGCGGACCACCAUCCAAGGAGCAGAGAUCAGCGCUCCCAUUUGUAUCGCACCCACAGGUUUCCACCGCCUCGCCUGGCCUGAUGGAGAAAUGAGCACAGCCAGAGCUGCACAAGGAGCCAGUAUCUGCUACAUCACCAGCACGUAUGCCAGCUGUAGCCUUGAAGAUAUCGUUGCAGCUGCCCCCAGGGGCCUGCGGUGGUUCCAACUGUAUGUGCACCUAAACCGGCAGAUAAACAAACAGAUAAUCCAAAAGGUGGAAUCCCUGGGUUUCAAAGCUCUGGUCAUCACUGUGGACGUACCCAAAGUUGGCAACAGACGACAUGACUUUAAAAACCAAGUGGACUUGAUGAAGAAUUUAUUGUUGAAAGAUCUCGGAUCACCUGAGAUGGGAAAUGUAACGCCUUAUUUCCAAAUGUCUCCAAUUGACCCAUCCAUCUGCUGGGAAGAUCUCUCCUGGUUUCAAAGCAUGACUCGAUUGCCCAUCAUCCUUAAGGGGAUCUUGACAAAAGAGGACGCAGAGUUAGCUGUGAAGCACAACGUCCAGGGCAUCAUUGUUUCCAACCAUGGAGGGAGGCAGCUUGAUGAGGUUCCUGCUUCUAUCGAUGCCUUGACAGAAGUGGUGGCCGCUGUGAAAGGGAAGGUUGAAGUGUACCUGGAUGGUGGGAUCCGGACUGGCAACGAUGUGCUGAAGGCUCUAGCCCUCGGGGCUAAGUGUGUUUUUGUGGGGAGACCCAUCCUGUGGGGUCUCGCCUGCAAGGGUGAACAUGGUGUUAAGGAAGUUUUGGACAUUUUAAAAAAUGAAUUCCACACUUCCAUGACGCUGACAGGUUGCCGAUCGGUUGCUGAGAUCAAUCAGGACCUGAUCCAGUUCUCCAGGUUGUAAAGAAAGAGAGCCGAUGGCCUGACUGCAGAGUUUGCCCAUAGGAGGAAGACAAAAUCACAGUAGGGUGUGUGAUGCCCUCUUGCCUCAGUCCCAUCCUGGCUAGCAGCUUAUCUCUUGCCUGAGUCCCAUCCUGGCCAGCAGCUUAUUCCUGCACCCUAAAUCACUCCACCCCAAAUCCCUCAUCUUCCUCAAAUACGCCAAUGCUCUUCUUUGCCUCACUGCCUUGUAUAUGUUGCUCUCUUGCCCGAAAUCCUCCUCUGAAAGCAGAGAUCUUAAAAGAGCAGAUCAGCAAUGGCUGAAAUAGCUAGUGAUGAAAACUAUUUGAAUAUACUAUGUUUUUAUGAAAUAACUAUGGAAAUCUGUACCCAGAAACAGAAGAGCUAUACCUAUAAAAUAUUCCUCAACAAAAAUCAUACUCCUAUCUGUAGACAACAGAGAAAUUAUAUAGGUAAAAACAUAAGCUUUGGAGUCCUACAGACAUAGGAUUUCCAGGACUGUUACUUAGACUUGAGAAUGUUUUUUGAUCUCUGUUCUUCCAUGUCUUUGUGUAUAAAAUGAGGUUUAUAAUACCUAGCCUAUUAGGUUGGGAGAAAGAUUAAGAGAGAUAACAUACAUAACAUUCAGAGCACAAUGCUUAGCCGCUAAGUUUAAGAAAGAGUAGCUUUUGGACUUCCCUAGUGGUCCAGUGGUUAAGACUUCACCUUCUAAUGUAGGGGGUGUGGGUUCAAGCUAUGGUGGGGGAAUUAAGUUACCACAUGCUGCAGGAUGUGGCCAAAAAUUAAAAUACAGAAAUAAAACUUGAAAACUUCCUCUUAAAAAAUAAAGAGCUAGUAGCUUUUAUGAUUAUUAUUUGGCAAAUUCCUAUUUAUCUUUUAGUAUCUUGUUCGAAUAUCACCUAUUCUUACCUGGCUACUUGCUAAAGGUUUCCUAUUGUGCUUUGCACAUUACACUAUUACAAUCCUUAUUAUAAUGUGUUGUGUUUAUUGGUCUCUCUCCAUAAAUAGACUUUACAUGUCCCUGAGCAAGAAACUAUAUGCUUGGUACUGGGUUUGGCAUAUAGCAGCAUCUCAAGAAACAUUUAUAAGAUGGAUAGAUGGGUAGAUGGACUGGAAAGGGUGAAAAGGGAGAUGGGAAAAUGAAUAAAUGCCCUAUCAGAGUAAAAACUCCCCAGACCAGCAGUCAGCAAGAACAGACUUCUAGAGCAGGGGCACUUGGCUGAAUAAGAUCUGACACUUGAAGACAUUAAGGAAGUUAAGGAUAAAUUCCCGAUAUCCUAAAUAAAUAUUGAUAAUUUCAUAA